AUGCCGAUUUCAGAAUUGACGUGGGAAGACCCUUUGGCCAGUCAAGUAAUUAGUGGCAAUUCAAAGCUGGUGCAUCAAUUGUCAGGGCACUUGCAAUAUACUUUUGUGAAACCUCCACGCUUAAUGGUACCUCCUACCCUUCCACUGAUAGUGCAAAAUAAAUGCAGUGAUUAUGUUGCUAGCUUUAUUGAGGAUCGUAUGAUUGCUCCACCACGAAAACUCUCACAUGAUGGCACCUGGAAAGAAUCAGACAGUGAGCUCACAAAUGUUGUGGAAAGAAUCUUGGAUAACCAAAAUGAUUCUCCAGCAUUUGGGUCAGAUUUUGUAGAUUCUUUAAAUGAAGGUACAUAUGUGACCAAUGUAGUAGUACCAGUGAUCUGGGCGACAUUGAAGGAUCUUCCUUUGGUUAAUGAUGGGAUGUUCUGGGUUCGCAAAAGUUGUAAGCCCGAUAAAGAUGAAUUUGGAAUUAUAGGAGUACAGGUCGCAGGGAGAAAAAUACGUCUAAGUGUUCUUAUUUGA